GGAAAAGUAGCAAUCGAUUUUCUACUUCACAAUCUGUGUCUACCCUCUGUACCUUCACCCACGAAUCGAUCCCCUUUUCAUUUAUUCUACAAACACAUCAAGACAGGGAUUCAGAAAAGAAGAGAAUGUCGCUUCGACCAGGUAGCCGAACUGAGGUGCGGAAGAAGAGUUACAAGACGGGGGUGGACGCGGACGAAGCCAGGCGGAGGAGAGAGGACAAUUUGGUUGAGAUCAGGAAGAACAAGCGCGAAGACAAUCUCCUUAAAAAGCGUAGAGAAGGCCUUCUUCUUCAGUCUCAGCAGCCUUUGCUCGAUGCUGUCCAAAAUGCUGCCGCUAUUGAGAAAAGGUUGGAAAGUAUCCCUUUGAUGGUACAAGGGGUGUGGUCGGAAGACCCUGCCUCACAAUUAGAAGCCACAACUCAGUUUAGGAAGCUGUUAUCUAUAGAGCGCAGUCCUCCAAUUGAUGAAGUAAUCAAAGCUGGAGUUGUCCCUCGAUUUGUGGAGUUUCUUGGAAGACAAGAUGUACCUCAAUUGCAAUUUGAGGCUGCCUGGGCUUUGACCAAUGUUGCCUCUGGUACAUCUGAGCACACACGGGUUGUUAUUGAACAUGGUGCUGUUCCAAUGUUUGUUCAGCUGCUUAGCUCUGCUAGUGAUGAUGUUCGCGAGCAGGCUGUAUGGGCUUUGGGUAAUGUUGCUGGAGAUUCACCAAGUUGUAGAGAUCUAGUUCUUGGUAAUGGUGCACUUAUGCCAUUGUUGGCUCAGUUAAAUGAGCGCUCCAAAUUAUCCAUGCUGAGGAAUGCUACUUGGACAUUAUCUAAUUUCUGCCGUGGCAAGCCGCCGACACCAUUUGAGCAGGUGAAGCCUGCUUUACCAGUUCUACGGGAACUUAUUUACUUAAAUGAUGAAGAAGUUCUCACGGAUGCUUGCUGGGCACUAUCUUAUCUUUCAGAUGGCCCAAAUGACAAAAUCCAGGCUGUCAUUGAAGCUGGGGUCUGCCCACGACUGGUGGAACUUCUUGGUCAUCCAUCGCCGACAGUUCUUAUACCUGCUCUUCGGACUGUGGGAAACAUUGUCACUGGUGAUGACAAUCAGACUCAGUUUGUGAUUGACAACAAGGUGCUCCCUCAUCUCUAUCAACUUCUUGUACAAAAUCACAAAAAAAGUAUCAAGAAAGAAGCCUGCUGGACAAUCUCCAAUAUAACAGCUGGGAAUAAAGCUCAAAUACAGGCAGUUAUUGAGGCCAAUAUUAUUCUUCCUCUUGUACACCUUCUUCAACUUGCGGAGUUUGACAUUAAGAAGGAGGCUGCAUGGGCCAUCUCGAAUGCCACCUCUGGAGGAUCUCAUGAGCAGAUUCAAUUCCUUGUGAGCCAAGGUUGCAUUAAGCCACUCUGUGACCUACUAAUCUGUCCAGAUCCACGAAUUGUGACGGUGUGCCUGGAGGGGCUUGAGAACAUUCUGAAGGUUGGUGAGGCUGAUAAGGAAAUGGGAAUGAACGGUGGAAUUAAUCUAUAUGCACAAAUGAUAGAUGAGUGCGAUGGGUUGGAUAAAAUUGAAAACCUGCAAACUCAUGACAACCAUGAGAUAUACGAGAAGGCUGUGAAGAUCUUGGAGAGAUACUGGGCUGAAGAGGAGGAAGAUGAACAGAAUAUCCAAGAUGGUGGGAAUGAAAAUCAGCAAGGCUUUAAUUUUGGAGUGAACCAGCAGCCAAGUGCUCCACCUGGUGGCUUCAAAUUUGGUUGAAGUGUUUUUAGUUUGGGAAUUGGGGCCAUAGUUUUGUAGGUCUACUACAUUGGUCGCAAUGAAAUUUUUAAAAGACUGUUUUUAUGUUUUUGCAAUUUGGUGGGUGGGUGCCAAGGGGUCAGGGUUUUUGUUCUGGCGCAUAGGCUUUUGCUGUGUCUGGUUUUGGUUUAUUUUGGAAUGUGUUGAAAGGGUUUAAACUUUGAUUUGUAUUUCUAUAUUUCCAUAGGAAAAAUAUUCCUUGUGGUUGUGGUCAAAUCUGGAAGUAGCGUUGAUGGUUUUCUUA